AUAUGGGUUAUCGGGUUUCGAUUAAUAUACAAUGUUUUUAUUAACAAAUAGACCUUGUAUUGUUUCAUAGGUGUGAUAUUUUGCAGCUUAAAGAAAUAUGAGUAAUUUAUUUUUAAAAACAAGUUUUUAUAACGUUUCACGAAGACUUCGAGGAAAAUAUGUACAAUUUUUGCGAGAACCUUCGCACAAUCUUCAUGGCAAAAUCUACUCUAUCGCAGCAGUACCUAGCAGAAACUUCGCAAGCAAGAUGAAUAAGAUCCUGAAUGGUAAUUUAUGGGACACAGACCCUGAAUUAUUUGAAAUUAUUAAAAAUGAAAAGCAUCGGCAGCAAAAUGGCCUUGAAAUGAUAUCGUCAGAGAACUUUACCUCUGUUCCUGUUCUUCAAUGUUUGAGCUCAUGUCUUCAUAAUAAAUAUUCAGAGGGCAUGCCAAAUCAAAGGUAUUAUGGAGGAAAUGAAUUCAUUGAUGAAAUAGAAAUCCUGGCACAGAAGCGAGCCCUGGAGGCUUACAGGCUAAAUCCAGAAGAAUGGGGAGUCAAUGUACAACCUUACUCGGGUUCACCAGCAAACUUUGCUGUAUAUACAGGAAUAGUAGAACCUCAUGGCCGUAUCAUGGGAUUGGACCUUCCAGACGGUGGACAUCUUACGCACGGUUUCUUUACACCCACUAAGAAGAUUUCCGCAACUUCCAUAUUUUUUGAAAGUAUGCCUUACAAAGUGGACCCUAAAACUGGCCUAAUUGACUAUGAUGAACUCGCUAAGACUGCUAAAUUAUUCAAACCUCGCUUAAUAAUCGCUGGUAUAAGUUGUUAUUCAAGAUGCUUAGAUUAUAAGAGAUUCAGAGAGAUUACCAAUGAAAAUGGAGCAUAUUUAAUGGGAGACAUGGCACACAUAUCCGGUCUUGUUGCUGCAGGUGUAGUCCCUAGCCCAUUUGAAUACUGUGAUAUUGUAACUACAACUACACACAAAACUUUGCGAGGCCCUCGUGCUGGUGUGAUUUUCUACCGAAAAGGAGUUAGAUCAGUAAAUGCUAAAGGAGACAAGAUUAUGUAUGACCUUGAGACCAAAAUCAACCAAGCUGUAUUCCCAGGACUACAGGGAGGACCUCACAAUCAUGCUAUCGCUGCUAUUGCCACUGCUAUGAAACAAGCUACUUUGCCAGAAUUUGUGGAUUACCAGAGACAGGUAAUCAAGAACGCUCAAAGACUAUGCGAAGGUUUGAAGUCGCGUGGUUACGAAAUAGCGACCGGUGGUACAGAUGUGCACUUACUAUUAGUAGACGUUAGAAACGUCGGUUUGAGUGGAGCUCGCGCGGAGAGAAUUCUAGAGCUUUGCAGUAUUGCCUGUAAUAAAAAUACAGUGCCAGGAGACAAAAGUGCUAUGAACCCCAGCGGCAUUCGUUUAGGUACCCCAGCUUUAACAACAAGAGGCCUUAAAGAAACCGAUAUUGACAGAGUUGUCGACUUCAUUGACCAGGCUCUGAAGCUGGGUCAAGAAAUUACAAAAAUUUCGGGACCGAAAAUUGUGGACUUCAACAAAGUCAUUGAAGAAAAUAAAGAAAUUAAUGCUAAAGUAAACAGUUUGAAAGAAAAUAUUGAAACAUACAUCCGAGCAUUCCCACUGCCUGGAUAUGAAAAUUACUAAGAUCAUACUUGUUAUUGCUUUAUAAAAAUUAUGUUACAUUAUAUUAUUUAAUUUACAUAAUAUACUUGAUAUUAAAUUAUGUAUGUAUUUAACCCAAUAUGAUAAGAAGUUAUUGCUUAGUUGUUAAAGGCAUAGUACCUUUUGAACUCUCUCUCUCUCUAGUAUACGCUUAAACAGUAAAACAAUCAUUUAUUACUGUACUGCCAAUUUCCAUGGAUGAAUUUGAUCCUUUGUAAUUCAAGGUAUCAAAAUUGAACAUUGUAUUCAUUCAUCUUUGAUAAGUUAUCAUGGGUUACAAUGUAAGUUUUUAGAUGUAAGAUUUAAAGUAAAAGUUUUAGUUAAAUCUACUGAAAGUUAAGCUUGUUGAAUCAAAAACUAUAUUAAAUGCUAUGAAUCCUAUCUUUGAAGCAGCAUAUUUAUAAGAAUCUCUUGUUAUUGUUAUGUACAACAUUAAAUAAUGCAAAUUUAAAAAAAUACAGACAGUUUACUUAUGUAUGAAAGUAUGCAGUUUUAUGUUUGAAUAAACUUAAUUUUUAAUCUCUUA